CAAACGCGUUUUGAAACUUUCCAACAGAAAAAACCGGUCUUCUCUUUCUUUUCCCUCUCACCUUUUUCUUUCAUUUUCGUUGUUUCAUUUCCAAUACGCGAGAAAAUGAGGGAAUCCUAAACCCUCCUUCAAAUUUUAUUAUUUCCUUUGCAAAUCCCAUUUAGCCAGAAUAUCCAUUUCCUCGAAUAUUAGGAAAACCAUCGCCAUCAUCCUUCAUUUCCCUGAGACCAGACCUGGUCUAUUCUUUUUUAUUUUCGCAUUAGCUGUUGAUUGGAUGCAGAAUCUGUCAAAUUUAGAGAUUGUUUAUAUUAUGGGAAUUUCGUUGAUUGUUUGAAGAAAUAUAUAAUAUUUGUGGAGGAUAAUUAAGUUUUAAGAACCAUUACUGGGUUUGCGGUGGUUUCUGGGGGUGGUUGUUUAUAAGAAAUUGGCAGGAAACGUAGAAGAUUUAUAUAAAUCUUUGAUAGUUGAAAUGGUAUUUAUUGGAUUGAGUGAACACUUCAUUUUGAUGCGUUCACUUCAAAAUCAAACGCCCUUUAGUGAGAAAAUCAAUGGGGUUUUGUUAUAUCUUUGAGAAGAAGAGAUUUUAGUAGUUUAAAAUGGGAAAUAAUUGUGUUGGAUCAAGGGGUUGGUGGAUGCGACCAACGAAUGGCCAGAUUACUCAUCCUACAGGAGAAGGCAUUGAAGGUGACCCUGUGAAUAAAGAGCCACAAGAUGUUUUACAAGCUCCACAAGAGCCCCCGGAGCAAAUGAAGAUAACUAAGGAAGAGAUUGUUGAGAUUAAAUCAGAACCAUUGCCACCAGAACCCAAGGAAGAGACUAAAGAAGAAGAGAUUGUUGAGAUUAAAUCAGCACCAUUGCCACCAGAACCCAAGGAAGAGACUAAAGAAGAAGAGAUUGUUGAGAUUAAAUCAGCACCAUUGCCACCAGAACCCAAGGAAGAGACUAAAGAAUCGCCAUUACAGAUUAAAUCAGCACCAUUGCCACCAGAACCCAAGGAAGAGACUAAAGAAUCGCCAUUACAGAUUAAAUCAGCACCACUGCCACCAGAACCCAAGGAAGAGACUAAAGAAUCGCCAUUACAGCCAGAAGCUACGCCUAAACAAUCACCAUUUCAGCCAGAAGCUACGCCUAAACAAUCACCAUUUCAGCCAGAAGCUACGCCUAAACAAUCACCAUUUCAGCCAGAAGCUACGCCUAAACAAUCACCAUUACAGCCAGAACACGAGGAGGAGACUGGACCAGCUAAGGAGGAGACUCAUCAAGUACCAUCACCCCCAAAGCCAAAGGAAGAGACCGAAUCAUCAGAGGUCUCUUAUCACAGGGAAGACAGUACACCAGCACAGCCAAUAACACACAAAGAAGAAGAAAAACCAGCAGUGUCCCCAGGACCAAGAAAACCCCAUAAUGUUAAGAGAUUAUCUAGUGCAGGACUUCAAGCAGAGUCGGUAUUGAGAGUGAAAACAGGUAAUUUGAAAGAGUACUACAGCUUGGGAAGGAAGCUUGGACAUGGGCAAUUUGGAACAACUUUUCUUUGUGUGGAGAAAGGGACAGGGAAACAGUAUGCUUGCAAAUCCAUUGCCAAAAGGAAACUAACAACACCAGAUGACGUUGAGGAUGUGAGGAGAGAAAUUCAGAUAAUGCAUCACUUGUCAGGCCAUCCUAAUGUUGUAUCGAUCAAAGAGGCGUAUGAAGAUGCAGUGGCAGUUCAUGUUGUGAUGGAAUUGUGUGCUGGAGGUGAGCUCUUUGACAGGAUUAUUACGCGAGGUCAUUACACGGAAAAAAAGGCAGCUCAACUCACUAAGAUUAUAGUUGGUGUUAUAGAAGCUUGCCAUUCUUUGGGAGUCAUGCAUAGAGAUUUGAAGCCUGAGAAUUUUCUCUUUGUCAAUGAAGAGGAGGACUCACCUCUCAAAGCAAUAGACUUUGGAUUAUCAGUGUUUUUCAAGCCCGGGGAGACAUUUACUGAUGUGGUUGGAAGCCCAUACUAUGUGGCACCUGAAGUUCUGAAGAAAUGGUAUGGUCAUGAAGCAGAUGUUUGGAGUGCUGGAGUUAUGGUUUACAUUCUCUUAAGUGGGGUACCUCCAUUCUGGGCUGAAACUGAGCAAGGCAUAUUUGACGAGGUACUGAAUGGUGAGUUGGAUUUCGUAUCAGAUCCAUGGCCUAACAUCUCUGAAAGUGCAAAGGAUUUGGUUACGAGAAUGCUUGUCAGGGACCCCAAGCAACGAAUUACUGCACAUGAAGUUCUUUGUCACCCUUGGGUUCGGGAUGAUGGGGUUGCUCCUGAUAAGCCUCUUGAUCCUGCAGUUUUAUCUCGCUUGAAGCAGUUUUCUGCAAUGAACAAGCUUAAGAAAAUGGCUCUUAGAAUUAUUGCUGAGAACCUCUCUGAAGAAGAAAUUGCUGGGUUAACAGAAAUGUUUAAGAUGAUAGACACAGAUGGCAGUGGUCAAAUUACUUUCGAAGAACUCAAAGUGGGACUAAAGAGAUUUGGUGCUAAUCUCAAUGACUCUGAAAUUUAUGACCUAAUGCAGGCGGCUGAUAUUGAUAAUAGUGGGACAAUAGACUAUGGGGAGUUCAUAGCUGCCACAUUGCAUCUAAACAAAGUAGAAAAGGAAGAUCAUCUAUUUGCAGCUUUCUCAUACUUUGACAAAGAUGGCAGUGGCUAUAUAACUCUAGAUGAACUGCAACAAGCUUGUAGCGAAUUCGGCAUGGAGGAUGUUCAGUUGGAAGAAAUGAUAAGAGAAGUUGAUCAGGACAAUGAUGGUCGGAUAGAUUACAAUGAGUUUGUGGACAUGAUGCAAAUGGGUAAGAACGGACGACAACAUAGAAGUUUCAGUGUUGGCUUUAGAGAGGCAUUGCAAGUUUGUUGACACAAGCUGUGAGUUUUUUUUUUUGUUGUUGGAUUUUUUCCAUUGUAACUUCCUAGAUUUGUAAUUCUAUUGAAAUAGAAAUUUGAAUUCAUAUCCAGAUUUUACAAGCGUUUUUUAC